GCAAGAGAGGGAGAGAGAGAGAGAGAGAAGGGGUGUUGGAGAGGAAGAGGAGAAAAGAAGAGGAGAGCAUUUGCUGAAACACCGGCCUGAGAGAGGAGGACUAAAUGGACUGCAGGACCCGUGGGGGAGGGAGACGAGAUUAAGGGGGCCCAGGGGUUGUCUCCCCCGCUUCUCCUCAGGAAGGUCACAGGAGCGAGCCUGGGCUGGACGUGUGGCAGAGUUCUUUUUUUGGGGACAGUGUCCGAGCAAAGCCUGAAGCUGCAGCACGGACCUGACUCCAUACCUUCUGGUGACACAGCGCGAAGCCGCGAUCCACCCGCGGGCAGGCAGCGAAGCAGCGUGGGGUGACACAUCAGGAGGUAACGUGAAACAAAACGGGACUUCUCCUCACGAAACACACAAGUACUGUGUUCUGGCUGCCACCGAAAGCUCUGCUGGAUUGACGGCAGAUGUGAUUUCUGUAGAUCGACUCCUGCAGUCAGCUCACACGAAUGCAAACGAAAACAUCUGAGGAAAAAGUAACUCCGCUUGUCUGCUUGGAAGCGUUCGGGACAAGAAGAAGAAACGCAGCGCUGACUCUACAGAUCUGUAAAGGGUUCCUUUUUGAGCAUUUAAAAGGGCACAAGCCCUCUGGAACACAGACAUAUUGUUCUAUUUACCGUAUGCCACUGAGUCAGAGGAACAGAAAUAUUCUGCAGCCAUCUGUAAUUUGAGCUCCAGUGCUACAUGGUAAUUACAAAGCCUUGGAGGGAAGCAGGGGCCGUGAUUCGUAAUUAAACAGGUCUAUAAAACGAGGGAGAGGCUGAAGACUGAGGGAGAGGCCCUGGGAAAGCCUUGAAGAGGUGCAGCAACGCCCUUGAUUGUGAGGGCGACGGUAUUUUAGGAGCCAGUGCUUAGGGUUUUGGGGUGAAGGAAGGGGGGGGGGUGGGGGUAGAGGCAGAGCGGAGACAUGGAUCCCCAGGGGGGACACUACCUGAACAAGGCCGCGCUGCUGUCUCCUCUGGGAGCUGCGCGGAUGUGCCAGCUGCUGCUGGGCUGCACCACCAUGAGCCUGGUGGCCCACCAGGCCGGGUACAGCGCCACCUACGGGACGUUCUGCAUGUUCGUGUGGUGCUUCUGCUUCGCCGUGACCCUGGUGGUGUUCACCCUGGACGUCACCCGCCUCCACGGGUGCAUGCCCAUAUCCUGGGACAACUUCACCGUGGCCUACGCCAUGCUGGCCACCCUGAUGUACGUCACCGCCUCCGUGGUCUACCCCGUCUACUUCCUGCAGCCGCAGUGCCCGGCGGGCGGCUGCGAGGUGCGCGACUACCGCAUCGCCGUCACCGUCUGCUCGUCCGUCUGCUGCUUCGCCUACGGCGCCGAGGUCUUCCUCACCCGGGCCAAGCCGGGGCACGUGGUGGGCUACAUGGCCACCAUGUCCGGGCUGCUCAAGGUGGUCCAGGCCUUCGUGGCCUGCAUCAUAUUCGGCGCCCUGGCCAACGACAGCGAGUACAACAGGCACGUCCCCACCCAGUACUGCGUGGUGGUGUACAGCCUGUGCUUCGCCGUGACGGUGGUGGUGAUCGCGCUCACCGUCUCCGGCAGGACGGCGGCCCUGCGCUUCCCCUUCGACCGCUUCGUGGUCAUCUACACCUUCCUGGCCGUGCUGCUCUACAUGAGCACCGCCGUGGUCUGGCCCGUGUUCAGCUUCGACAGGAAGUACGGCACGCCCGCCCGCCCCGAAGGCUGCCCGCGGGGGAAGUGUCCCUGGGACAGCAAGCUGGUGGUGGCCGUCUUCACCCACGUCAACCUGGCGCUGUACAUCACCGACCUGGUCUACUCUCAGAGGAUCCGCUUCGUAUCCCAGCAACCCUGAGGCCCAGCACCGUCCCCCGUCCUCCACGGAAGCCCCAUGCUUCUCCUGAGUUACUGGAACACCCCUGGCCCCUCCUAAACCCUUCCGUAGGGCUAGAUUUGGAAGAUGCGAUGGAAAACCUUACAUUGUGUCUUAUAGGCAAUUUGCCUUUGACCUCCCUAUUUUCGGAGCACCCUUCCUACCCUACUCAUGGGUCUUUUAAGGUUAGUUUAUGCUCCUUUAUUCUGGCAUCUAGGGACCCGGGCGAUGUCUUCCUCUCAGUUAGAUGGAGGGAGCAGGGGGGCAGGAGUGAUGUGUGUGUGGCCCUUGUUCUCUGGAACUGGCAUCUACCUACCCCCCCACCUCCACCCCCACCCAGGCCACCACUGCCUUCCAUUCCCUAGCAGAGGUGGGGUCCAGAACCAGGAUAUUGUCUCCAGCACAUCCCCCUCAGCUCAUCCAUGAGGAAGAAGUGAAGAAUCUCUCCGGCAGUACCUACGCUGUCCAAUCCGCAUCUUCCCCCCUCCCCCUGUGCUCCUCCCCAGACCCUAUGCUACCUCUCCUGGGGGGACUGUCCCAAAUGUGCCUCUCCUAUCUCCCCUCAAAAGAAGGAAGAUCAUUCUGCAUGCUUGACCACAACAGAGGAAGUAACACAAUGAAAAUAUAAGUGUUUAGUGGUAUCAGUAACAAAGUAUUAACCAUUUUUGAUGUAUUUAUUGUAUUUAUUGAAAUAAUUUACUCAUUUUCUUUUAUAAAAAUAACUGGAUUGGUUAAAUAGUCAAAACAAAAUGCAGCCUCUACACUGAUAUGUGCCUUACGAUAGUUUUCUUAGUUGAUACCUUAUUAUUUGCCGAAUAUUUGUUGGAGGGAGAAUUAUCUGGAAACCAUGCUGUGGGCUCUGCAAAGAUUCAAAGAUUCCAAUUAAAAGAUUGCAAUUGUCUUUUAACAGCAAGGGUUAACUUGAUCUUAUUUAAGUAAAGAAGCACAUGUACAUUAGUGCUGGAUCAUUUGAGAGACUUGUUUCUGUUUCUAUUAAAGGUUAAACAUUUGAUUUA